AUGGCAAUUAGAAAUCAAACUAGCAUCUCCGACUUCCUGCUCCUGGGCUUCUCUGACCACCCAGAGCAGCAGCCUCUCCUCUUCGGGCUUUUCCUGGCCAUGUACCUGGUCACCAUGUUGGGGAACCUGCUCAUCAUCCUGGCCAUAGUUUCUGACCAGCACCUCCACACCCCCAUGUACUUCUUCCUGGCUAAUCUUUCCUUUGUUGAGACCUGCUUUUCCUGCACCAUUGUCCCCAAGGUGUUGGUCAGCAUUAAGACACAACACCAUGCCAUCUCCCAUACUGGGUGUCUCAUGCAGAUGUACUUCUUCAUGGCAUUGACCCUGCUGGAUGAUUUCCUGCUGGCCGUGAUGGCAUAUGACCGCUAUGUGGCCAUCUGCCUUCCUCUCCACUACACCACCAUCAUGUGUCCCCAACGCUGCCUGCUGCUGGUUGCCGCAUCCUGGCUCUGCGCCCACCUCCUGGCCUUCUCACUCACCCUCCUCAUGGCUCAGUUCUCCUUCUGUGCCUCCCAUUCCAUUCCACACUUUUUCUGUGAUGUACCACCGCUCCUCAAACUUGCCUGCUCAGACACUCAGAUCUACCAGGACACAAUGUUAACUGAAGCAGUUUUCACAGGCAUGAUUCCUCUCACCUGUGUCCUGGUCUCUUAUGCCCACAUCAUGCACACCAUCCUCAGGAUCCCCUCAUCUGGAAGGAAGCACAAAGUCUUCUCAACCUGUGGCUCUCACCUGUCAGUCGUCACUCUCUUCUAUGGGACACUUUUUCUGGUGUAUUUCCGGCCCUCAUCCUCCUACUCAGCAGACACUGGAAUGAUUGUAUCUGUGAUAUAUACAAUGGUCACCCCCAUGCUGAACCCAUUCAUCUACAGCCUGAGGAACAGAGACAUGAAGAGGGCUCUGUGGAGGCUCUCAGGCGGGAGAAGAUACUCUACCCCGUAA